UCACUGUCAAAAUAUCAAAAUAUUCAGAGUUCCGAUUACAAUUUCACAAAAAUAAAAGCCGUAAAAUGGCUGAGGCUUGUCAAAUAGUUCGAAAACAAGAUUUACCUCCUCCUGGAGGAUACAGACCUAUUCCAUUUAAAAGGAUACCCGCCAAAUCAUAUUUUAGUGGCUUUACAUGGAUUGCUGGUUACAUUGGUAUGACCACCGUGUCUGCUUAUCUUUAUUAUUUAAAUUGCAAAAAAGUUAAAAAAGCUAAAAUCGAAAUGAGAUCUGCAAAGAUGGCAAUAUACCCAAUGUUGGUAGCAGAAAGGGACCGGGAGUAUAUGAAGCAAUUGCGUAGAAACCGAGAUGCUGAAGCAGAGCUUAUGCGUAAUGUUCCUGGAUGGGAGGUUGGAACUUACUAUGGUGAGCGCGUGUAUAAGUUAGUGCCACCAGAUGCACUGGUUCAGCCAAUAUUCCAUGAAUUCUAUGCUCACUCUGACCCAUCUGACUGGGUUGACAGAACCGAAUUGAAGUUGUGGUCUUAAAUCUGUGAGUAAUCUUUUGAACUGUGAGCAAGUGACUUUGCUAUACUAAUUAUUGUAGUUAAUUAAUAAAGGUAAUGAUGAAACACUAAAA